GCAAGGUAGCAUCAACUCUGCCUGGCUUUAGUUGGUACCAAACUACGUGUACAAACAAACCCGACCGAAAGACUGUCCGCAGGAAAAACUCCGCCCAAACGGCGUCCCGACGCUCUAAUCCGGUCAGCAGGACGAUUUCGUGAGGGUCAGCAGGAAUAACAUGCCGUGCCGCCACUUAUAUCGAUUCGCGACAUGUGCUUGUUGGUGAAAUCAUGCGCCAUUCGGGUGAUAUUGUUUUUGGUGAUGCGUGAUUUUUGUUGAUGUUAUGGUGCAAGGGUGGUUGUUUUCAUGGGGAUGAUGUGUUUGUGAUAUGGCGGAGAUAAAGCCGUUAUAUUCGACGUGCGUUGCAGUUUUGGGAUUCAUUUGUUUCGUGGUUGGCGCAACUGCUGUGGGGAUACCGAUGUGGGGAUAUUUCAGCACGCCAAACGGUAUUCAUGGAGAUGGAGAUGGAUAUUUUGGUCCAUGGCGAACCUGCAAAAUGUUGUUAUAUAAUAGAGAGAGGUGUGGGAAAGAUGAAACCCGCUUCAAAGUGUCAGUUACCGUUUGGGUAGCUGGACUGGUGGCUGCCAUAGGAGUGGCAGUACUGGGUGUAUUUUGUAUCCUGAGCGUUCUCCAACUAGCCAUGUUGAGUUCGAAGGAACAAGUAGUCAUGAAAUAUAGCAUAGUUGUGAUAACCAAAGUCGGAUUGGGCCUACUUGCUGCAUUAUUGGCCACAGCAGCAGCCGGCCUAUUUGCCUUGCAAAUCGACGAUAGAGAACAUACUGGAUUCGAGAUCAGUCGAGGACCAGGGUUCUAUAUUCAGAUUUUGUUGAUAGUUUUGAAUGCAGCCUUAUUCGUCAUGGCCCUCUAUGACAUGUUCUUCGCUAGAAGAGAGGGCGGAGACCCCACAACAGUAUCCAUGCCAGCAGAAGCCACAACUUAUGGCAACCCUGGUUUUAGAGAUCAACGGACAAAUGGCGCUGGAGGCGUUUCCAUGACCGACGCCAGCGGCAAACCCUACGUCUCCAACGGCAGCAUGGCCUCCAUGAACACCGCCUCCACGACGGUGGGCUCCACCAACGGCUCCACGGUGACGUCAUCCAUCACAAGGUCGCCCCUGCGGUCCAGCCUGAAGAAGCCCAAACCGCCCAAGGAGGGAUUGGGCAUCCAGAACCCGGGCUACUCGGGUUCAUCGCCGCCUAUUUUCGACUAUUGGGUUUUGGUGUUCAACUUUGAAGUGAUAUGA